AUGAUGGUUGCAGAAAUGAAAACAAUUUUACAUUGUAAUCCUGAGGAUCGCGAUAUAGUAGCGGAUAGUGGCGCUCAUGUGGUUUAUAUGUUGAGUUUGGCUGUGUCUCAUGCGUAUCGAAGAUUAGGUCUUGCAUCAAGACUUCUUAGACAUUUAUUGGAUUCGGUUGUGGACAAUUCUCCAUAUCCGAAGGCUGUGUUUUUACAUGUCUUAUCGACAAAUUUACCAGCGAUCAGAUUUUACAAAUCGCAUGGAUUUGUUCAUCACACUACCUUGUUG